AGCAUACGAGUGACCAGCAGCACAUAAUCAAGUACUCCUAGAGUCCUAGUAGUUCAUCAAAUUUCAGUUGCUGACCAGCCUGAUCAAAUACUCGCCCCUUGAUCGGAGAUCGGUCCGUUUUAUCGGAAGUUAGAGGAUGUUCAAGUUCUUGAAAGGCGUCGUCGGUGGAUCUGGGACGGGACUCAAGGAUCUGCCUUACAACAUCGGCGAACCUUAUUCCACUGCUUGGGGAUCUUGGGUUCACUACCGUGGCACUUCCAAGGAUGAUGGUGCUCCUGUCUCAAUAUUUGCGCUUACGGGGAGUAAUGCAAAUGAUGGACAUCUAGCUGCUGGUAGAAAUGGAGUCAAGCGACUUCGCACUGUUAGGCAUCCAAAUAUUUUGUCAUUUCUUUACAGCACUGAAGCAGAAACUUUUGAUGGUUCUAUUACUAAGGUUACCAUAUAUAUUGUUACUGAACCUGUCAUGCCACUUUCGGAGAAGCUCAAGGAAUUAGGAUUAAAAGGUAACCAGAGAGAUGAGUAUUACGCAUGGGGAUUGCAUCGAAUAGCAAAAGCUGUGAGCUUCUUGAAUAAUGACUGCAAACUUGUUCAUGGUAAUGUUUGCCUGGCUAGUGUUGUCGUUACUCAAACUCUAGACUGGAAGUUGCAUGCCUUUGAUGUUCUUUCGGAAUUCGAUGGGAAUAAUGAGUCUUCUGUUGGACCAAUGCUGCAAUAUGAUUGGCUUAUUGGUGCACAGUACAAACCCAUGGAGCUACUCAAGUCUGAGUGGGCGGCAAUAAGAAAAUCUCCAGCUUGGGCUAUAGAUUCUUGGGGUUUGGGCUGUCUUAUCUAUGAACUCUUUUCUUGUACAAAGUUGAGCAAAACAGAGGAGCUGCGUAAUACUGCUUCCAUUCCAAAGUCUCUACUUCCAGAUUAUCAACGUCUCUUAAGUUCUACCCCUGCUCGCAGAUUGAAUUCAUCAAAACUUCUGGAGAAUGGUGAAUAUUUCCAAAACAAGUUAUUGGAGACCAUACAGUUCAUGGAGAUUCUUAAUCUCAAAGACAGUGUUGAAAAAGACACUUUCUUCCGUAAGCUUCCAAAUCUUGCAGAGCAACUUCCUCGUGAAAUUGUGCUGAAGAAGUUGCUUCCUUUGCUAGCUUCUGCAUUAGAAUUUGGUUCUGCUGCUGCACCUGCUUUAACAGCGUUAUUAAAAAUGGGUUCUUGGCUUUCAAGUGAGGAGUUUAGUGUCAAGGUUCUGCCGACAAUUGUAAAACUCUUCGCCUCCAAUGAUCGCGCUGUCCGGGUCAGUCUACUGCAGCACAUUGAUCAGUAUGGAGAGUCAUUAUCUUCACAAAUUGUUGAUGAGCAGGUGUAUACGCAUGUGGCUACUGGGUUCUCUGACACAUCUGCAUUUCUUCGGGAGUUGACGCUUAAAUCUAUGCUUGUAUUAGCUCCUAAGCUGUCACAUCACACUAUAUCAGGAUCUUUGUUGAAGUAUCUCUCCAAGCUACAGGUUGAUGAAGAACCUGCAAUUAGAACGAACACAACCAUAUUGCUUGGAAACAUUGCCAGUUACCUCAACGAGGGGACAAGGAAAAGAGUUCUAAUAAAUGCGUUCACUGUUCGUGCCUUGCGUGAUACAUUUUCACCUGCGAGAGGAGCAGGUGUCAUGGCAUUGAGUGCUACCAGUUCUUAUUAUGACAUGACAGAGAUUGCAACAAAAAUUUUACCUAAUAUUGUCGUACAUACCAUUGAUCCAGACUGCGAUGUUCGUCAAAAAGCAUUCCAAGCAGUUGACCAAUUUUUGCAAAUAGUCAAGCAGCACCAUGACAAGACGAGCACCGGAGAUACCAGCACUACAAGCAUGGGAACUUCAUCAAUUCCGGGAAAUGCGGGUUUGCUUGGCUGGGCUAUGAGCUCACUGACGCUUAAAGGAGGCAAAACCUCUGAACAGAAUCCCAAUGCUCCAGCUAUUUCUAGUGUGCCUCUUGCGUCUGCAGUCUCCGAUGCUAGCUCAAUUGCAGAUAGUGCAAGUAUAAAACCAGUCCAUAUAAGUUCUGGAGCAGAUGUUGCAGAUCAUCCUAUUCCUGUAUCCCCAGCAUCAUCUGAUGGAUGGGGAGAACUUGAAAGUGGAAUUCAUGAGGGUCAUGAUAGUGACAAAGAUGGUUGGGAUGGCAUCAAUCCACAAGAAGAACCAAAACCAUCUCCUUCUCUUGCAAAUAUUCAAGCUGCUCAAAGGCGUCCUGUCUCUCAACCAAAACCACAAGGUACUGGUUUGCGGGGUAAAACCACUCCUAAGAUGAGUAAAGAUAAUGAUGAAGAUUUGUGGGGUUCUGUAGCUGUUCCUGCUCCAAGAGCAACUUCUCAGCCAUCAAACUCGAGAGCAAACAAAACGGUUGACGAUGAGGAUCCUUGGGCUGCCAUAGCAGCCCCAGCUCCUUCGUCUAAGCCUUUGAAUGUGAAAAGAAGUGGAGCAUUUGAUGACAAUGACCCCUGGGCUGCUAUUGCAGCUCCUGUGCCAACUUCCUCAGCAAGGCCUUCAAUUGGGCGAGGCCGAGGAACCAAACCUGCAGCUCCUAAACUGGGUGCGCAAAGAGUAAACCGGACAUCAUCUGGAAUGUAAAUUACAAAAGCAAAGCUAAGGCUCAGCAGCAGAUUUAAGUUGAUCCUGUAAAUUUUUUCCCCAAGGCGGCUAAAGUUCCAACUGAAAUAUAUAAUUGGAAGUUCUAUAGAUGUGUUGUAUUACUAGAUUCCUCAAUAUAUAAUCGUCUCCUUGUCAAAACACUUGAAAUCUCUGUUCUCUUCCUGUAAGAAAAGUAAUCAAUUCAUUGUAAAUGAUAGAUGCCAUUACUUUUCAUCUAAUGUAGAGAGAUAGCUUGUAAGUCAUUGUGAAAAGCUCUGCAGUAUAGUAUGUUUGUCUUGUUUUUCAUGUA